CUUACACGCAUAAAGUAAAUUAUUUAUUCAUAUGGAUGAAUAGUAGUUUGGAGAUUUAAUUAACAAUUUACAGUAUAAAGAUUUAAGCAUUCGAUUUUUCAUCACAAAAUAAAGCAAAAAAUGUUAUUUGCUAGAAAAUGCAUUGUUAUUUCUUGAAAAAUAUACAUUUUAAGUCUUAUAGGUUGUAUCAAUAUAAUAAAGAGUAAAAAAUUUUAGUUAAAGUAUUAAUAAUUUGAUCGAUAUGCUACUUACACUAUUCUACAUGGUCUCUACUUGGGUACAAUCAUGGAGGCUUUCAUCUCUGAAAGCUCGAUUAAUUGGUGCAAUUAAUUAUGGGCCAGAUUUUAGAAAACCAUCAAUAAUGUUUUAUACAAAACCAUCAGAAUUUUUGAAGGAUGAUACCGUCGUAAAUAUACAAACAAACAAUGAAAAUGGAACUUCAGAAAAUUUACUCACCUCUAGCUUAUGCAGUAAUAAAAAUUCCGCUAAACUUAAAGAUCUUAUAUGGAGUCAAGGUGACAAAAGACUUUGCACCAUCUAUCCCCAGCAACAAGUUGACAUCAGUGAAUGGUUGUCAUAUCCUAUCGGAAAAACUUUUUUUCCUCUUUGUCUGGAUAAUUGUAAUCAAAUAAACGUAUCAGAAAGCUCAACUAUCCAUGUACUUAUAGAGGCAGAUAUUGAAAAUUUUACUCCUAGUGCUUUUGCAAAAGCAAUGAAGUUAGAGGAUUAUGGAUUUAUUCUUUCAUGGAUGGCUGACAAAUAUUUUGCUGCUAUCAUGAAAACUGACGUAGAUCAUUUAAGCAAACUUUCAAUAGCACUAAUGCAAGGUCAAUGCUUUAUUAAUAAUGGAUUAAUACUCACACGCAUUGAAUCGGUAGAAAUUAUAGGUAAACCAUGUAAAUACAUAUUUAAUGAUCCUUCAGUACUACCAGGAAAGAAAUUAAUUGGUAAAUCACAAUGGGAGGCACAUUUGCAAACUCUUAAGACAUUUAGUAAUUUUGCAAAAAAUGCUUUUCAAGAAGAAAAACCUGUUGAGAUUGAUAAUUUACCAGGAGUUAUCAUCAUAUCUGAUAAAUUGACCGUCGAUUCACCUAUGUUUGAAAUGAGUUGUGCAACCGACAAAGAUGAUGACAAACAAAUUGAAGAUCAUUUUCCUGUUCCAUCAACUCCACCUCCAACACCCGCAUCAAUAGAAUUGAAAGACAAAUCAACUCCAGAGUUAAUACAACAUCUAGGAUCUUCCGUAUUAAAAUCUACAACAUUUAAUGAUGAACUAAAUACCUCUGCUACCGAAAGUAUAAAUAAUUCAAUUACAGCACCUCCACCAAUUGAUUCAGUUUCAAUAAUCACUUCAGCGAAUAAUGAAAUAGUUUCUAAAAAUUUUAAAAUAAAUUCAAAAAAUGUAAUCACCAAUCGUGCUUCCAAAUUUUCUUCCGAGAAAAAACAAACAAGUAAUUACGAAGAAAUUACAAAACCACCAAAUAUUUUAAUUUAUGCAGACAGUACAGUCGCGAGUGAUAAUAUUCAACGUGUUUUAAAACAAACAUUAAAUAAAGAAAAAUAUAUAAUUUAUACAUUGACACCCGAAGACGCUCGACGUGAUGUAUGGAAAGACCAAACCCACUUAAUAGUAGUAUGUGGAAAUGUUGACAAUGAAGUUGCAACUCAACUUAUAGACUAUUUAGUUGCGGGUGGAAAACUUUUAGCUUUAUGCUCUGAUACAUUACAUACAAUUCUUCCCUCAUUCAAAACUGCCGAAGUGCGAGAACAUGAGCUUGUUCGUUUCUCUUAUGGAAGAUGGAAAAAUGUACGGAUGAUGCAUCAUAUUUUUUGUUACCAAGCUUCUCCAGUAAAAUCACGUUUCUCUCAAGACAAUGAAGAUGGAAAGAUUGUUACAAGACCAACCCCAGUUUCAGCAAAUGUCAAAGAUAAACAAGGAAAAAAUCACACAUUUCAAAUAAAAGUACUUGGAGCAGAAGAAACCUGGAAUACACCAAGUAUUGUAUUAGCUGAUUUACCAAGUUCUAGUGGUAAAGCAAUUUUUUCUCAAAUUCACUUAGAAGCGGAUCCAUCUCAAUAUGAACUAGAAGAGGCGAAAUUUAAUGCAUUAAAAGAAAGUAAUUCCGCUCGACUAGAAAUUCUAAGUGAUCUUCUUGGUACUCAUCUCAAAUUAGAUGUUAAACCAGAACCUUUAAUGGAAACUGUAUAUACUCCUGGAUUUUUUCUGGGUAGACACGAGCUUAAAUUGAACAUGUUGGAUCGAUUAAAAAGCAAAAUGAAAUCUAACAAUAUCUUCAAAACAUCAAAAAUAGAACUACAAUUUUGCAAUAAUGAUACAAAAUUGAUGAAAGCUUCAAAAUCAUUGUUACCGAUUUUAUUAUAUCAGUGUCCUGAAAAUUUUUCUACAGUAGAAUACUUUGAGAAUCUUCAAACAAAAGAAAUCGGACGUCUAGUAGUUUACACGGAUAUUAUAACGUCUACAAUGGAUGUUGUAGCUGGAUGUGAGUUAUAUCAUGGAUUAGUUGUAAUUUCUAGGCAACAAACUUCUGCUUCAGGUCGUAAUAAAAAUGUUUGGCUUAGUCCAAAGGGAUGUGUAACAUUCUCUUUGCAAAUACACAUUCCAUUAAAUACUUACAUAGGACAACAUCUUUCAAUUAUUCAACAUAUAGCAGCUACAUCGAUUGUAUUAGCUAUUAGAGGGAUUCCGGGUUAUGAGGACAUUGAUCUAAAUAUUAAGUGGCCUAAUGAUAUUUAUGUAGGAAAUGAAAUAAAAAUUGGGGGCCUUAUAGUAACAUCUUUAAUGGAAUCUCAAAAAGCCAUUUGUAAUAUUGGUAUUGGCAUAAACUUAUCAAAUAGCAUUCCAACAAGUUGUAUUAAUGAUAUAAUCAUAAAACAUAAUGAAAAAAAUGGUACAAAACUAGAAACUAUAGGAUAUGAGAAAUAUCUUGCGCUAUUGUUCAAUGCAUUUGAAUCUAUAUUUAUUGCUAUGCAAAAUGAAGAUCUCAGCUAUUUUUAUCAAUUUUACUAUAACUACUGGCUACAUACAGACACUGAAGUAUCAGUUACUUUAACUGACGGUAUAACUAAAGAAGCAAAAAUAUUGGGUAUUAAUAGUUUAGGAUUUUUAGAAGUACAAGAGAAAGAUGGUAACAUAUUAACAGUUCAACCUGAUGGUAACAGUUUUGAUAUUCUCAAAGGACUCAUUGUUCCAUCCUUAACGAGAUAAUUGCAGAAAAUAAAAUUAGUAAACUUCAAUAAAUCAUAACUCAUAAUAAAUCCAUGACAUUUUAAAUGUUAUUAUUUAAAAAUAA